CUGAUCACUAUAACUGACAAGACAAGAAGAGCAAAACACUUUCAGCUUUAGCAUUCUGAAAUUGUUCCUGCAUUCAGAGUGAGUCACAUCAGAUAUGAAGACUUUAUUAAAGAUCAUGUUGUUUCUGUGCCUCUCUUUACCUGGACAUUGUGACUGCCAGAGAGAAUGUCUAAUCUGUAGCCAGAAACUUUUUCUUCAAAAAAAUUUUAACAGAUUGGUCUGUAUUGAUGAGUGUGAGAGGAGGGUUGCCACUACACUUAUCUGGGAUGCCUGUGAUAAAGCAAUAGUCAACAGUUUGACACAAGAUCAAGAUGGUGGCUUGUUGAGAUUGGAAAGCGAGGAGAUCACAUUGCCUAAGGGAUGGAAAGAUGGCACCAUUUACACCACACUGCUGAAGCAUCUUACUAAUGUAGUGAAAGCCUCUGGAGGAAGUCCUCGGGAGGAAGACCAGAAAAUGUCUCAGACUCCAAAGGAUUACCUGGAAGAACAAGAUGUUCAGGAAAGCAGCAAUUCAAAUGGUGAAAACUAUGAUAUCUUUUUGGGGAACCACAAUCUUUCCAAACGAUUUGGAGGGUUUCUUAAGGGAAAGUAUGGUUACAAGAAACUUCUAUACCCAGGAAAAUCUUUGUAUAAACGUUAUGGAGGAUUUAUAGGUGUUCGCAAAUCUGCACGCAAGUGGAACAAUCAAAAACGGUUUAGUGAGUUUCUGAAGCAGUAUUUAGGAAUGUCAACUCGUUCUAGUGAGUAUGAUAGUCUUUCUACUGACAUUACUGUACAGAAUGAUAUAUGACUCAUUAAUGAGUGCAAAAGUAUAAAUAAAAUGAUUCAUGAUCUGUGGAAUGUCUAUUUUGUAAAUACAGUAUCCAAAUUACAUGUGUAUGAAUGUACUAUUGUGUGAAUGUAUGCACGUGUGUUGAUAAAAUUUUACAAAUUAAACAUUUCAGUAGAAUGUUAAUAAAACUGACAGAAUGAUUUUAGAAAAUAUUGCAUUAUAAAAACUGUGAAAUGCAAAGUUCAUUUGAAUUACUAUAUUUCACAUUUUUUAUCCUCUUAUUAAAUGUACUGUUCUUACAUUUAAU